GGGCAGGCGGGAGGGACGGCGGGGCGGGCGGCGGGCGCCAUGAAGCGGCGGCGCGGGCUGUCCCCGGAGCCGGGCUGCCUGCGGGCCUGGGCCGCCGAGAACCGGGCCCGGGCCGAGCGCUGGCGGGCGGCGUGGAGCGCGGGGCACGGCGAAACGGCGGCGCAGGAGGUGCGGCAGCAGCGGGCUGGCUUCGGGCAGCUGCUCCGGAGGAUGCGGGGGCUGCCGGCUGCCCUCCCCACCCUGCCUCUGGAGCUUACCGUCCUCUGCAACUCCCUGCUUUUUACUGUGGGAGCUUCUGAGUCUGCCAUCAAAGGAGAAGCAGAAGGAAUACGCCAGGGGCUCCUCAGGGUUCUGGAGGCUUGUGGGGCCUGUGGCCAGGACCUUAGCACUGAGGAGCUGUGGCAGAAAGUGCUGCAGGAGGUAACCGUGAAGGAGCUGCAGGCACCUCUGCAACAUCUGAGGGCCCUGCAAGCAGCAUGGUGGCUGGCAGCCAGCCGCCUGGGAAGCGUUGCUGGCCUCUUCAGGCUCCUGAGCAACACUGAGGACCCAGGAAGAGCUCACUGCAGCAAGGACGAGAACAAACUCCUCUCUCUGCUUAAGGCAUGGCAAGCACCUACUGAGAGGGCCUCCCUGCCCCUUGUACAGAGCACCAGGCACUUGAAAGAGAUCCUCUGCACCGCAGUGGCCUUCUUGCAAGGGCUGCAGGAGCUGGAGGCUGGGAACUUCACCACUGCCCUCUCCCUCCUUCAGGAGGCUGCAGGAGGAUUCUGCUCCAAGAGAGUCCUGGCCCAGAUCUAUACCUGUCUCGGCUGCUGUGCUCAACGAAUGGGCAAGCCUCAAACAGCCCUUCAGCACCUGAAACGGGCCCUCCAGGUAGACUUCCAGUGCCUUCCCGCCCUGUCCCACGCGGCAGAGGUGUACCAUGAGCUGGGGGAGACCGACGUGGAGCUGCAGGCCCUGGCUCUGCUCUAUGAGGCUCUGGAAAAAAACCCUCCAGCAGCUGCUUCCUGUAGUCCGUAUUUCCUAAUCAGAAUAGAGCUUCUGGUCCACACACCAAUACUAGCUUCUCUCCUUUGCCAUCGCCAUCCCUCUGAAGUGAAGUACCUGCUGGCACAGCGGUGUCUCCAGGAAGGGAGGGUGGCUGAUGCAGUGGAACAUUACCUGGAUUUUUUGGCUCUGCUUCAGGAGGGGCUGCAGCAGCAGGUGCCCUUAAAUAGUAGCUCAGCUCUGCCCAGGAUCCCCGUGGUGUUCCUGGAAGCAGCAUCUGCCUUGGAGCAGGCUGGGAGGCAUGAGGACGCCAUAACUGUGUGUGAGGAGGUCAUCAGCCGGACAACUCGCCUCAUCCUACGGGUGUUUCAAGUGGAGGAACCAGAGUGCCCAUCGCCAGGGGCAGGGCUGACAGGUGGCCUCCUGUCCCAGAAGAAGGAGAGUCUCUGCUGCCUUGCCUGGAGAGCAGCUGGAUACCUGCACCAGGGCUGGGCGUGGGCCAAAAUGGGCAAGAGCAAGGAGGCAAUAACGCAAUUCAGCAGGUGCCUUGGCGAUCUCUGUCGAGUCCAGCUUUGUGGGUUUGGUGUGGAACCAGCAGAGGAUCCCCUGCCAGAAGUGGAGGUGCUCCAGAAGAUCAGGUUUCUCUCUCUCACUGGGCGAGGUAUGCAGUUCCUGGAGCUGGGGAGGCACAAGGAAGCCUUGUUGGAUUUCCAGCACGGCUUGCAGAUCUCACCAGGUGACCCAACUGCUGCCUCUUACCUGGUGCAGACCUUGUGGAAACUGAACCGAAAGCAGGAGGCGGCUGCUCGCUGGCAGAAGUCGUCCCACAGCCCCCCUGGGGAGGAUGGGCAGCAGGAAGGGCAGAGAAGACCCUUCCCUUUGUACCUGGUUUCGUGUCUGAAGCAGACGAUGUUCCCACACAGUGAAUCUCUUGCUAGAAGCAUACAGGAUUACCUGGAGACUACGAGCCAGGACCCCCUGAGCUAACCCAAUCUCACGAUCUUCACCUGCUGAAGUCUCCCUGCACAAGCUGGCCUGAAGCCUUUAAGGACUGCUCUAAGACUCACAAUCACUCUUGAAUAAAGCUUGAUUUCCAAAGUA